GGGUACAUCCACACACAGUACCAAUAUUCUCUCCACGGUCUGGUUGUUCAUGGUAGCAUUAGCCAGUCGAAAAUUCAACCUUCCCAAAAAUCUCUUUCCCUAUCUAUUUACUCCAUCAACUGUCUUCCAACAAACCCCGAAGAAAACUAAAAAAAAAAAAACAGACCAUCUCUCACUCUCAAUCACAAAACCACCGCAGGGCAGUUGCACCUUCACUCAAUAUCGAUCCUAUUGUUUUGCUUGUUUGCUAAAAAAGAAAAGAGUUCACAAUGAUGAAACAAUUGCACAAGCAAUCGAACGCGAACCACAGAAGAGAUGACGAGAUCCCAAUGGGCGUGGGGCAAAACGCGCCGUACUCACCAAAAGCCUUCAAGCCAACUCGAUCUCUCCCUCGAUCCAUCAACUACCUCUUCAAAGAACAGAGGCUUCUUUUCAUUCUAGUCGGCAUUCUCAUUGGCUCGACAUUUUUCAUUCUCCAGCCCACGCUCUCUCGACUCGGCCCAUCCGAGCCCACUUCCUCAAUCCCGCGCACAAUCUCGACCAUCGAUCGGGUCUCGACUCGAUUUCCCGCCAUUCCGGCCAAGUUUGGGCGGGUCCCAGCUGGGAUCUCGAGGCAGAGAUCGAGGAUCGUGGUCACCGGUGGGGCCGGGUUUGUUGGUAGUCACCUCGUCGACAAGCUUAUCAAGAGAGGUGAUGAUGUGAUUGUGAUUGACAAUUUCUUCACCGGGAGGAAAGAGAACUUGGUCCACCAUUUUGGGAACCCGAGGUUCGAGCUCAUUCGACACGAUGUGGUCGAGCCUAUACUUCUCGAAGUCGAUCAGAUCUACCACUUGGCUUGCCCUGCCUCUCCUGUUCAUUACAAGUACAAUCCUGUCAAGACCAUUAAGACCAAUGUGAUGGGUACAUUAAAUAUGUUGGGUCUGGCAAAGAGAAUUGGAGCGAGGUUUUUGCUGACGAGUACCAGUGAGGUUUAUGGAGACCCACUUGAGCAUCCCCAGAAAGAGACUUAUUGGGGAAAUGUGAACCCAAUUGGUGAGAGGAGUUGCUAUGAUGAAGGAAAGCGGACAGCGGAAACCUUAGCAAUGGAUUAUCACCGAGGUGCUGGUGUUGAGGUUCGUAUAGCUCGCAUUUUUAACACAUAUGGACCUCGUAUGUGUUUAGAUGAUGGGCGUGUUGUCAGCAAUUUUGUUGCACAGGCCAUCCGCAAACAGCCAUUGACAGUAUACGGUGAUGGAAAACAGACACGAAGCUUCCAAUAUGUCUCUGAUUUGGUUGACGGACUGUAUGCGCUGAUGGAAAGUGAGCAUGUGGGGCCUUUCAACCUGGGUAACCCAGGGGAAUUCACUAUGCUAGAGCUUGCAGAGGUCGUCAAAGAAACUAUAGAUUCAAGUGCAACAAUAGAAUUCAAACCAAACACUGCUGAUGAUCCGCACAUGAGGAAACCAGAUAUUAGCAAGGCAAAGGAACUGCUGAACUGGGAGCCAAAAGUCUCACUUAGAGAGGGGCUGCCUCUUAUGGUGAGUGAUUUCCAGAACCGCAUUUUGAAUGAAGAUGAAGGAAAAGGGGUAUAAAUAAAAAAUGACAGCAAACCAGCAUGUAUAGUGUGAAGUGCACUUCUGUAUGUUGUCCAUUCAUUUAAUUAUUAUCAUUCUUAGUUCAAGUUACCUGGAAAUUCUAGCAACAUUCCACUGUUGUAGGAAGGUAUACGGUACCAGUUGUUUUUCUACAUUGUGUGCUUGAUCAGCAAAACAACUUCAUUUUUGUUAGGUUUUAGUAACAUUUUUUAAUACCACUCCUCUGGCACUGAACUGUUGAUGGUGAAACUGUAUUUUUGUUUUCGUUUUUUUCCUUUUUAUUUGGUAUAAAAUAAUGCAGUUUUAUUUA